AUGAGUUACGACCAAGAAGAGGUUGAGGACUGUAUCUUUUGGGUUAACACACUUACACCGAAAGAGCCGCCAAUAGACAAAAUCGAGUCCUUGUUUGACGGGUCGCGGCUCAUUCGAGUUUUAGAACAACUCUUAAAGAAAAAGGCGCCGCGUUAUUUUCCGAAGGCAAAGACUCUAUUUCAGAUUCAACAAAACAUUACAAUACUUUUGGGCCUUAUCGAGAAAUCUUUUGGACGCGAUGUAACAUUUGAUGUAAGUGAGUUGUCGAAGGGAAGCAUAUCCCACUUCCUCUCAUUAGUCUUUUUUAUUGCAAAGAAGACGGACACCCGUGUUGAAAAGAAGAAAAAGAAUGGGAAAGUCAGUGUUGGGUCGUUCUUCGAUCAAAAGUUUAAUCGGGAGCAUCAGAUGAAGAUGGAGACAAGAAUGAAACAAAUAGACAUUAACAACGAAAUCUCGGCAAUUUCAGAAAAAAUUAUAGCGGGGACUGAGCUGAAAAAGGAAAAUGAAGAGGUGUUGGAAACAACUCACCCAUCUAUUACAGAACAACAAGUCGUUGAACAAACAGUUGACAAAGUCGAACCAAAAAGUGAAGAAACAAAAGACGAGCAAGAGACUGCUAACCCUUCAACAGAAAUUAAGACUGAAAUUUUAGAAAAAAAAGAAGAGGAAAAACAGGAAUUAAAAAUAGAGCAAAUUCAAGAAGAAAAAAAUGAAGAGCCAAAUCACCUUGAAAUGAACGAAGAAAAACUCGACGAACAAAAAAUCGAAGAAAAAAAUGAGGAACAAAAGGAUGAACAAGUCGAAGUCAGUAGUAUUGUGGAAGAAGAAAUUGCGCCUGUUGAAAAAGAGAUACCACAAGUCGAGGAGCAAAAAUCAGUUGAUGAGAUACAACCACCAAUUUUGGCGAAUAAACAAGAUGAUAAAGAAGUUGAAGAAGUGAUUGAAAUAGUCCCCAAAGUCGAAGAGGUGGAGGUACCAAAAGUUGAAGAAAAGAAGGAAGAGAAUGUGGAAGAAUUAACUAUAAAAAAUUUCAUAGCCCCCGAACUUAAAAAACAGCAAUCGAUCUUAGAGAAUCUGCCAAAAAUCGAGGAGUCACCACAAUGUGAUUUUAACAAAGACAGUGAACAUAAAGAUGAACGUGACCACGUUUGUAAAACAAAAGGUGAUAAAAACGAGAAGGUUGAAGAAAAGAUGGAGGAAGUGGUGAUUAUAAAGUCUCCGAAAAAAGUAGUUCAAAUUGAAGUGCCAAGACCGAUACAAAUUGACGUCAAAAUAGUCUUAGAAGACACGCAACAAAUGGACGAAGUGAAAGAACAAAAAUCCGAAACGGAAACUCCAACACUUCCAGACUCACCAAAGGAAUGUGAAGCUGAUAUAAAAGUCAAAGAACCAUCUUCUGUAGAAUCUGCCCCAAUAAAACAAGAAGAACAAUUAAAUAAAGAAAUGGAAGAACGUCCAAUUCAUCGAACGCCACUCUCUAAAGUCCGGAAAACGUUGCAAAAUCAAUCAACUCCAACUUUUACAAUUCAAAUCAGUCCUUCACCAAGCGAAGAAGUCAAAGAAACACCUAAGGAUGAGAGUCCAAAGGAAGAAGAUGUUCCUCGAGCAAAGACGCCGAAUUGGGCGGAGAAAAUGUAUGAUCCGGAAGAUGUUGCGACCAUUCAAAGAUUGUGUUGUUCUGUGGUGUUCAGACAGAAGAUCCACAAGACUUUAGUCCAAAGGAAACACGUCUUCACUGAAAUUAUUGAAACAGAAAAGGUGUAUGUGAAACGACUGAACGACUUCCAAACUUUGUAUCUUCCACUUGCUUUGAGUCUCUUACAAAAUGAUAAAGUCAUGAAAACGUGUAGUGACGAUAUUGGUGUUAUUCUUACGUUUAAUAAACGUCUUCUUGCGACGAUGGAAGACAUUCAAAAGGCGAACAUCUAUGGAGAAGGUAUUGGAACUGUAUUUACAAAGCUGUCUUACUUUUUAAAGAUGUAUUCGAACUAUAUUAAUAGAACAGAUGAAAUUAAUGAAUGCGAGGAAAAGGCACGUAAGCGCGAUAAGAAAUUUGAGGCGGCGAUGAUGCAAGUGCGACUUGCGAAUCACUUGGAAUCGUUCAAUUCAUAUGUCAUUCUCCCAGUCCAACGUAUUCCAAGGUACCAACUUCUCUUAAAAGAGUUACUGAAGACAAUCCACCCGGGACAUAGUGAAUAUAAAACACUUUCCGAGUCAUUACAAACACUCACUGCAGUUGGGAUGUCUGUCAACGAAUUUAAAAGAACUGUGGAAAACAUGAACACCAUCCCACAGAUUCUUGCAAAGAUGAAAUACCAACCCCCAGUUACUCCAGCUGCGGCGAAACCAUCUACCCGUUUCAUCAAAUUUGGAGUAUUGAGUGUUGUCGAUAUGGAGUCGAGGACUAAACGGAGAAGUGUCAAUUGCUUCCUAUUUAACGACUUUUUGAUCAUCACAAAGAUCAACGCGACGGGCACACUGCAUAGAGGAAAGCUCGUUCCAGAGACUCUGGAAACUGUUUUAGAGUCGAGAAAGCAUUUGGUGGUCGACGCUGUAAUUGGUGUCGAGACGUAUUGUGUGUUAGAUUCCCCUAAAAUAGACGACUGUCCUGCAUUUGUUAUUUCAACCUCCGACUAUGGAUGUGUCCAGAUGUAUUGUCUGAAUGAAGACGAAAAAAUCGAGUGGGUGACUGCAUUGGAUCAACAAGUGAGCAGCAUUGAAGACCGAAUGGUCAUGAUGAAACGCAAAACGAAUUUAGAUGAAGAUUUGAGUACCCAAAAGGACACCAUCAAGAAUGUGUAUAACAAGAUGAAGUUGGUGACGAUGCAUGGGCCGACUCGUGGAGGGUAUUUAGUGUUAAAAGACUCUAUUCUCGGUCUCUUUACCUCUGUUGAAGACGCGUUUAAGAAUGAGAACGUCCAAGAACUCUAUUUCAUGAAGUUUUGUUCAGUUGGAUUUAAUGGAGAGAAUGGCUUCACAAUUGUACAAUAUAAACCGGAGAGGGUCGAGACGAAAAUCGAAGUGAACAAUCUCUCGAUGACACUGUUGUGGGUCUUCUUUUUAAGACAAGCGUGCUUAAAGAAUUGGCCGAACUCCCCACUCAACAUCUUUGAGAGAGAUGGGUUCAUAGGCAUUCAUUCUGCUGAUAUAGUGCAUGGGCUACAGGGAAGUGUGUAUAACCAGAAUUGUUGUGAUUGUGGGAGUGCUGUUAUUAAAUGUGUAGAUUUGGACUUUGGGUGUUUCUUGUGUGUCAAAUGUAUGAAGGAUCACAAGCUCUUUGGGAGAGAUCCAAACGCACUUGGCACUUCUAUGUUGAGUGUGAUUGGGGAUAAAGAGCCGAAGUGUAUGAAGAUGUUGAUAGAAAAGGGAAACGUCUUUAACAAUUUGGAACGGACUGGGUCUAUCCGUGGGUCUGGAGCAUCUCCGAAUCUUCUUAAUGAUCGAAUGACAUUUGUGACGAAAAAAUAUGGACAACCGACUGGUCCACAGCAUAGCGCGUCGAGAAAAGACAAACUCCGACGUAUGUCAGCGGACACUUUAGUGAACAAAAAAGAAGAGGGUGAAAUGAAGAGUGAAGAGAAGCCUGGGAAAGACGACAAAAGCGAACAAAGCGAUUUGUGUGAAAAAAUAGACCGAGUGGUCAAAGAGGAAGAAAUGAAAGAAGCCAAAGAAAAAGAGACGAAAGAAAAGGAAGCCAAAGAUGUUAAAUCGCCUGGGAAAAGUAAAAGAAAGAAACUUGAUAAGAAAGAGAAAAAGAAGAAGUAA